AAAACGAGAAGAAGAAGAACGAGACGAAUUAUAGGAAGCUUUUUAUGAGUUGCUAAAAUCACUUCGCUUCGUUUUUUUUAACGAUCUGUUACAUGUUAUAUCAAUUCAAAGAGAAGAAAAUAGACUAGAUGUUUUUGCAAACUGUAACAGGUCCCUUAAAAUUCGUGAAACAUUAUUGUUAAUGUAACAUUUCACAAAUUGAGUCAAGGUGAGUGAGAUCCGAGGUCUGCUUGCAUACCGCUGUAAACCUUUGCAAAACAAUUUACAUAUUGAAAGAUUACAGAAGACCCCGAUGGAACCGAACUAGCUGCAGGUCUUCUCUCUAUGAACAACUUCAAUGACCCCCCAGAAUGGGACUUUCGACCAGGCCGGCGAGGAGACGGAGACAGUAACAAGUGGAAUUAUGCCCUUCUUAUACCUGUACUUGGUCUGGCUGCCUUUCACAGGAUCUGGACCAAAGUGUCGCAGAAGGAGAUCGGGGAGGCGAAAGCCGGCUUUGACCGAGACCUGAAGGCGGUCUCCGGUGACCUGGAGACGACGUACAGGGAGGCCGUGAAGGAGACCCGUCGAGUAGCGGCGCGCGCGGAGCUGGAGCUGGAGAAGGAGCAGCAGCGCGCCCAGGGCUACAAACAGGCGCUCCACUCCCAGGGCCAGCAGCUCCUGGAGGAGCGCAGGUGGCUAUGGGAGGAGCGCCAGGCGCUGGAGGAGGAGAAGCGGCAGGCGGCUCGGUACGGCCUAGCCGCCGCCCUCCUGGAUGACGCCCUGGAAAGGGAGCGCGGGCGGCGGGUGGACGCCGCGGCCGUGCUGAGCGAGUUCGAGGCCGGGCUGGUGGAGAGGCAGAGCGCUUUCUGCAACGCCUUCCUGCCCCGGAGGUGGAGGCAGGAGAUGGAGAGGGACCUGCUUAUCCGGGCGGCCAAGGAGCCGCUGGCCGCAGAGCUGAACAUGGAGAGCGAUCUGAAGGACAUCUUCAGGAACGACCGGCACUGUGACAUGAGCGGGGACAAGCGUAAGAACGGCAGCUUGAUGUGGGCGUACCUCAGGUUCUGGCAGCUGCAGGUUACAUUGCAGACACACCAAAGGGCACAGGCUUGUCUACUGGGUGUGAAGCCAAACCAAAAGUGACCUUACUGGGGUUACUACAGGGAAACCUCAAGCUGAUAUGGGAAGAAAGUAUUGAUAUUGUUGACACAGACGGGGCUUUUGGUGUGUAUUAAAAUAUUGGGCAUGAUAAUGUAUUCACUUGCAUGUGAGUUUUUUUGCAAUGCUGGGAAACUGUUCUGAUAAGAAUAUAAUUACUAUGUUUGACCGGAAGGGUAAUGUUUUAAAGAGUCAAUCAUUCAGUAAAUUAAGACAAAAACAAAAUCCUUUAAAAAAAAUGUAUCUUCUUACAUGAUUAAAAAAAAUCAUAUUAUCAUAGCACCCACUUGGCUGUGGGGAAGGGCCAAGAAAAUAAUUUUUUAAAUAUUAUUAAGGCAGAAAAAAUAGGACAAAUUACUUGCGUUAUGGAUGUGACACAAAAAGGUAUUUUAGGGAGAUUAUACACUUUCUAAUUUUCUGAAUUUUCAAGUCUAAUGCAGAAAGUUUGAAUCCGUGUAAUGCCGGAGGCUUGGCAGAACAUAAAAAUAGUUUAUAUUUAUUUAUUCGUCCUGAGUUUUAUGAGGAGAUACCAGCAUUAUGGAUGUGAUGCCUUUGCGUUAUGGAUGUGACACGUCUGAAAUGCACAUUGUUUGACGAUCUACUUCCCAAUGAUAUUUUAUCAUAGUACAUUUGUUGUCAUCUGAAAUGGUUCUGAAUGUCAGUUUUGACAUUGAGAGCCAUCUGAAAUGGUUUGGAAUGUUUUCAAGAUGACUGCCAAAUAGCAUUGAUUUCAGUGGUAAUGGGAUUAAUAAAUAUACUUUUAAGAAUUUA